AUGCCUGUCCCAAUUAGUAGAACCAUUUUAGUUGCAGAAGCAGUAAGUGCUCUGCCAAACAUAAUGAAGAGGCCCGAAUGUAAGCGAGGAAUUAAAGCCAUUCAAAGAUGUCUGCUGAAAAAAGAAGAAGGUAUAGUUGUGAUGGCUGCUGAUGUUGCUCCCUUUGACUUAGUCAGCCACAUCCCAGCUCUGUGCUCUGCCUCAAAUGUACCGCUUUUCUACAUAAGCAGCAGAUUUGACGUAAAAACAGAGAAGGACAAGCCAACCACAUGCCUGUUUAUUCCUUUGGGGAUCCUGACAAAGGAGGAAGCACUACUCUUGCAAUAG